CGAGAGAGAUGCGGAUCUGUUCAUUUGCAGGGGACUGACUGGAUCCCUGGGAGCAGAGCUGCAGUCUUCCGGACCUGCCUGCAGGGGAGGAAGAAGAAGAAGAGGAAGCAUGGGAUCUGGGGUUGGACUCAUGCUGGUUCUUGCAGCAGCAUGUAUAGCACUGGCGCCACCCUGCGCUCUGGCUUCUUCUCGCAAGUUUGAUCUAAAUAUUGCACAACCAAAAUUACUGAACUUCACAGAUGUCUCUUUAGCUGCAAGCUCACAUGUUGAUUAUGACCCUUCAAAAUCAAAGCGACUCUCAUGGCAUCCAAGGGUCUUCUUGUAUGAAGGUUUUCUCUCUCACAUGGAGUGUGACUACUUAGUAUCUAUGGCACGUGGUAAGAUAGGGUCAUCUUUACUUGUUACUGAUGGUGCUAGAAAUAUUUCUGAGAACAAUGGUGAUGCAGGCAUCAAAUUGCACCUGGCUGAUAGCAAGGACAUAGUUAUUUCAAAGAUUGAAGAUAGGAUAUCAUUAUGGAGUUUUAUUCCAAAAGGUAUCACUUGUUCCGCGCAAUUCACUCUUCUGUUAUUCUGUGUAACCUUGCUUGCUAUGUGUCGGUUGCUGACAUUCUUAGUGGUCUCAGAGCAUGGAGAGAGCAUGCAGAUUUUGAAGUAUGGAGCAAACCAAAGUGACCCCAACAAGGAUAUAACUCAAUCAAGCAGUGGUGGCAAUAGGAUUGUGACCAUUUUAAUGUACCUUUCUGAUAUCAAGCAAGGUGGUGAAACAGUUUUUCCCAGAUCUGAGCUGAAGGAUACCCAAGCUAAGGAAGUGGCGCUUUCUGAAUGUGCUGGUUAUGCCUUGAAACCUAUAAAGGGCAGUGCGAUUCUGCUGUUCAAUGUAAAGCCUGACGGAGCAAUUGACAAGGAUAGUCAGUAUGAGGUUUGUUCUGUCCUCCAAGGGGAUAAAUGGCUUGCCAUAAAACACAUGCGUGCAAGCAAGAUUGAGAAACCAAGAUCGUCACCGCCACCAGACGAUGAUUGCACUGAUGAAGAUGAUAAGUGUGUCGGUUGGGCUGCUGCUGGCGAAUGUGAGAGAAAUCCAGUGUUUAUGAUAGGCAGCGCUGACUACUAUGGCACUUGUCGGAAGAGCUGUCGUGCGUGCUGACUGCUUUGUAUUUUUACUGUCCUUGGCGAGCUUUUUGGUAUUCAUGUUUUGGUUAAUUCAUAUUGAUGUUGUAGGGGAAAUGAUCCAACAUUUUUUUUUUUGGUUUAUAUAAUG